GAGGCUGGGGAUGAGUUGGAGGCAGGCACAGCCUCGGCGCAAGAGGGAGAGGCUGCCGGAGACAGGCAGGGGGAGGCGACGCGGUGCCCCGUCCGUCCGGGAGGAGGCCAUCCCGUCGCUGGGGCGAGCGGCGAGGGCCGCGGAGAGACCACACUCGAUAUUCACAAGCAGAAGGAAGAGGAAGAAUCUCCUGACUCUCUGGACGUGGAGGAUCUCAUUAUGUUGUGUUUGCUGCUGAAACUCGACAAGAUCUUUUUCUGAAGCUUCCAAAAAGUGAGCCUGCCCGAGGGGAGAGAGGAACACAAGAGAGGACAGACAAGUGAACAGCAGCAUUGGCCGAGCCCUGGCAAGAAUGGUGCUGGAUGAACAGAGGAUUAGAAUGGAAUUGUGAAAGGGAAGUAAAGUCUUGGCAAGCAAUUAGCUUCAUUUCCACCUUCAUCAUGGCCCAAAUCCUCUGGCUGGCUGGUUGAUGGGACUGUCCGACGCGCCCUGCUUAGCUUCAGUGCAGAUCCCCACUGCCUGCCAAUCACAAGACCUGGGAUCAGGUGGAGACUGGAUGGUGCCAAAUAUGGGAAUGGAAAGAAAAAUGGACUCUGGCGAGCUAAGAUGGAAGUGACUUGAGAGCUCCAAGCUCAGCUGUUGGCUCCAGUAAGGACAGAUCAAGGUGGGAAUCUCAAGCUUUGCUGGGAGAGCAGUAUGCAGGAAGCUGGUUUUCAGGCCACAAAUGCUUUCACAGAGUGCAAAUUCACCUGCGCCAGUGGUAAAUGCUUGUAUCUUGGUUCAUUGAUUUGUAACCAACAGAAUGACUGUGGGGAUAACAGUGAUGAAGAGAACUGUCUGCUUGUAACAGAGCAUCCACCUCCAGGCAUCUUUAGCUCUGAGCUGGAGUUUGUUCAAAUCAUCAUCAUAAUUGUGGUUAUAACUGUUAUGGUGGUAGUGAUCAUCUGCUUGUUGAACCAUUACAAACUCUCCACGCGCUCCUUUAUCAACCGACAGAGCCAAAGCAGAAGACAGGAGGAAACUUUGCAGACAGAAGGGUGCUUGUGGCCUUCAGAAAGCUCGGUUUCGCGCCAGGGUGCUUCAGAGAUCAUGUAUGCUCCAAGGUCCAGGGACAGGUUUACAGCCCCAUCUUUCAUGCAGCGGGAUCGUUUCAGUCGCUUCCAGCCCACUUACCCUUACAUGCAGCAUGAGAUCGACCUUCCUCCAACCAUCUCCCUGUCGGACGGGGAGGAGCCGCCGCCCUACCAGGGCCCCUGCACCCUGCAGCUCCGGGACCCGGAGCAGCAGAUGGAGCUCAACCGGGAAUCGGUCAGGGCGCCGCCCAACAGAACCAUUUUUGAUAGCGACUUGAUAGACAUCUCGAUGUACAAUGGGGGCCCCUGCCCACCAAGCAGCAACUCGGGCAUAAGUGCAACCAACUAUAGCAGUAACGGAAGGAUGGAAGGACCACCCCCGACGUACAGCGAAGUCAUGGGGCAUUACCCAGGCUCCUCUUUUUUCCAUCACCAGCACAGCAACGUGCCUCCUUCCUCGCAGAGGGGGAGCAGACUUCAGUUUCAGCAGAACCAUUCAGAGAGCACAAUAGUCCCCAGCAAAGGCCAGGAGCGGAAGCCAGGGAACCUGGUGUAAGGGAGCCGCCCGGGCGCGUCCGGACUGUGAGGAGCAGAGGAGGCGGCAGGGCGGCGGAGGAAGAGCCCCGAGCUGCGGCGCACGGCGUUGCCACCUGCUACAGCCCAGGAAAGCCAAACCUGCAAACCAGGCCUUUGUUUCUGAUUCCUUUCAGGGGAAUUGCAUGCAAAGCAGAUGGGAAGAAAUACAAACUUCCAUUCGGUUUGUCUACGAGCAGUGUUUUGGGGGGGGGGGGGAGGGGAGGGGGAUUUAUUUUCUUUUAAUAAACUAUUUCAAUUAUUUAAUUCUAAAAGUUAAACUUAGCACAGAAACGAGGCUGGUGCAGCCUGUUUUAUACUCACUGAAUGGCAGAAGGAAGAAGGUGGUUUUGCUAGAUAAAUGGGGGAAGAAUUGGCCAGUUUGCUUUUCUUUUUUCCCUCCCAGGGUGUGGAUUGUUGGGAAGUUUUUUUUUAGUUUUUGCUUUUUUUUUUUUUUUUUUGUUUGGUUCUUUUUCAUAUGAGACAAAAUUCCUGUUUUGUGUGCCAAGGUAUAAAGUUGAGAACUUAGAUGAAUGCAAGGAAUUAAUUUGUGUUGUGAUAAAUGUGUUUUAAAAAGUUGCACUAUCUUAAUGUUUUAAAAAGAAGAAAAAAAAACCAACAAACCAAUUAUAUAUGAGGGAACUGUUUUAUGUGAAGUUCUUCUAUAUGUUGUCUUUUCACCUGUGGAAUAAUGAUAGAGCCCCAGAAAUAACCUGGAGGAGUUUGCUCCCCUCCCCACCCCCCCCUCCAAGUUUGCUAGAUGAAGGGGACAGGACUUAGCCUAACAUCUCUUGACUUCUCCACACCAAGAAACACAGGCGACACUCGUUCUUUGCAAUAAUUUGCAUUCAACUAACAGUGCAUCAGUGAAGUGUCUUGGAGACUUUUGGAUGGAAGAAGGCAAGCAGGAAAGCCCAGCAUUGUUCCGUCGCUUAGGGUUUAGCUCCUUUGCAGCGCAGGCGCCUUCGUCCCGGCUGUGUUUGUUCCUUUGUGGUGGUUCUGACCCAGCGCUGCCUUUUCUUUCCCUUCUCGGAACGCAGCGGUGCCAGUGCUUAACACUUCUAGAGAGACUUUUGGGUUGUGGUUUUUCUUUCGUCCUCGCCGUAGCCUGAGAUGUAUUCAGUCACAUAUCAUGACGUUAUGCAAUAAAUGGUGUGAAAAUGCAAGGUGGGUUUUCUUCCCCUGCCAUGCUGUCAGCGCACCUGAGAGACUCCCUUGUGCUUUUCGCUCUUCGUUUCGCUCUUUAGGUACUGCGGUUCAGUCCUGCAGGAGGUCCAUCAGGUGUUCAAGGCCAGGUUGGAUGGAGCAGUCUGGUCUAGUGGAGGGUGUCCCUGCUGGUGGCAGGGGGGGUUGGAGCUAGAUGAUCUUCAAGAUCCCUUCCAACCCAUUCUGUGAAUCCUGUUGAAGCAAAAGGGCCUUUCUGGCUGUAGCCCCCCCCCAUACCAUGUGGUUCCCACAGUAGUCCUGAGAGCGCUUGUGACAGUGGUGUUGGCUUCUGUGGUGUCUCUGGUGGUGACCUGGGGGCACCAGUUACUUCCACUGCAAGCCACCUUGCUCUGGGCCCUGUUGUGGAAACCCUUCUCUGUGCGUGGCACCUGGCUGCUGCCAGCAGGACUGUGCUGGUGGGUAAAGCUGGCUCCUUGCGUGUUAGCAAAGUGUCUGUAAGCCCUGCUUUUGCCAUGCUGGUCCUGAGCAGGUGGAAAGUGUCACCUGCCUGGAAAGUGACAUGUGGAGCGUUUGCCCUCUGCCUCUUCCUGUGUGGAAGCACACACAGCCCUGGAAGGCAGUUGACAAAUGUGGACAGUGGCACCACAAGCACAUGAAAAAGCACAACUUGCACUUGAAAUGCAUUUUGGAGAUGGACUUAAAGUAAGAACUCUUUAAAGUCAGAACCUUUGAGUAGUUUCUAAUAUAUUUGUGUAUGAGUGUGUCAUAGACCUUUUGCUAUUUCCUUAAGCCUCGUGCGUGGCUAGGGGCAGCAGGCACCAAGUGCCCUGAGGGCUGUGGGGAGGAGAACCAUGCCCUAGCAGCUGGGCCUGUGGCUGGCUUUCUGCAGGGCUUCUGUCCACCAGGGGCUCUGCUAACUGAAGCGCAUCUUUGAUCUAUGCAGAGUUUUAAUGCCAAAACAGUGUGCGUGUCUGCAUGUGUGUUUUAUGGCCCUCAGCGUAGGUGACUUAUGCCUUUCUCCACAAGCUAAUCUGGUUUUGUUCUGCUUUAGGAAACGUUUGGGUAACUGCUCAUCUGAGUACUCGGCCUCAUUUGUCUCUGUAAUGGUCUUUUGGUCUGAGUCAUGCUGGUAAUGCAGAGUAAAACUGCCUUUUAAUGUAUGUGUCACUCGAAGGGAGAAAUAGAGGUGGCGUGGUGGGAUUUGCUGCUUGGUUUUGUUUUUCCACUCAGCCCCACAGGACAGGUGUUUGGGAGGUGACUAGGUGGCUGCUAGGGCUCUUGUCCUGUCUGGUUCCUGGGAAUAAAAGCUGUGAAAUGAGCUCCUUUGCAAACAACCUGUGGACAUAAUUCUUAGUUAUAUAUUAACAAAAAAGGGAAAACAUAGGUAGAAGAUCAAACCAGCAGGUGUUGAUUUUGGUCUUCAGUGACUUUUGCUGUCCUCUAGAAGUGAGCUUUUAAGCCAGAGAACGUGUGUGCCUACACAGCUACUGUGCUGUUGCCUAAAUGAGGAUUAUUUAGCCAAAAAGCCUUGAGGUGAGAACAGCUGGAACUCAGUCACCGUGGCGGAGCACAGCUGGGCUGGGCCCUGGGCUUGGGCUGGUUGAGUACCAACUUUUCCCCUGGCACAGAUCUCAGUGAAGCGAGCCUUGAAGUUGCCUUCAGAGUCACUGCUUUCUUUGAAGACAGCCCUUUGCUCAUCUUUACCCACCCCUGCGUGCCGCUGGCUUCCCGCCGCUGCAGUGCGAUGGGUGCGCUCUUGUCUCUUUAGUUUGCUCAGCUGAGGAAGUUUUCCUUUGUGUGGGAAACAAGACCUGGUCCAGCUCUGUAAAAAAGAUUUGUUUAGAAAACCAACUUUGUGUUUGCUCGCCUGUUGGUUGUGUUUCCUUUUGCAUCUUUGCCUCCUCAUCCUAUUCUGCUGUCCAAAGCUAAUGUGCAGCUGAUAGACCUGUCAGCUCUGAAAGUGCAGCUGCCUGUUGCUUGCUAAGAGUGAGCUUCCAAUCUGCUACUUUUAGCUUUGGGCCCUCUUACAGGAGUUAAUAUGGUGUUUGCUGGUGCAUGUUAGUGGUCCCUGCUGAGAGAUCUCUGCUGUCAGUAGUGUAACUUUGCAAUAGUGUGUGCUCUUCUUGCAGUGAAAGGGAAAAUGUUCUUCCUGAAAGGUAAAAGAAGGCUUAUCAGGAUCAGGUAGCACUAUCAGUCUCUGAAGAUGAGUAAGAAUUGCUAUCAGACAUUUGUGGAAAACUCCCUCUGAAAAGAUCCAGGAUUAACAAACUCUCUUACACAGCCACCCAAAGAGAGCUUUGUAAAUUAGAACUAAGGUUUCUGCAAGCCAUUAGUACCUCCUUGCUGGUGUUUUGGUUUGUGUAGCAUGCACAAACCCCACACAAUACCUGUGGGGAGUUGUCUGUCUGGUGGGCCACAUAAACCUGAUUUCUGGUUGUGUCUCCUGACCUUUUGCCUGGUAAUUCUUCUUCCCAAAACUCAGGCCAGUCAUGUCCCCACCUCAGAAACUUUCCUGUUACAGUAUUGGUUUUCAGUUGUCCCUUUAAGAAAUAAAGCACAGGGUCCUUCUUCCCUUAUGUGGCUUGGCACGGCUCCUGUCUUGGUGCUAAAUAUGCCUCAUCCUUGGUGUUGUCCUGUGGUCUUGCAGGGCUGGAAAAGGCAGGGAGUUUCUCUCCCCAUUUCUGAUGAGAGCACUCAGCGCUUAGCUCUAGUUCUGGAUGUGGUCGAGUUCACCUCAGUGCUGUUGAAGCAGGCUCUGUGAACAUGAUGCUGUGUGAAGAUGUGAGGGAGGAACGUGGAGCAGCGUUCAGAUCCCUUUGCUGUGCUGUGGCAGCUGCAGGAUUCCUGGUGCUUUGUGUAGCAGGUGGGUUUUGUCGGGGGGGACCUGCUUAAGCUACUCCUCGUCUUGUCACUGAUGGACUCUGCACUUCACCCAGUCUCGGUCUGGUGUGACUUCAUGAGGCAUGCUUUUUCCUUCCAGGUAGAAAAACUGGGAUGAACACCCUGUGUGCAAGUUCUUGGUGGCUAGCAAGGGUGGUCCUGACAUUCCUGCAGUCAUGGAAUCUGUGGGAACCACGGCUCAAGCUUCACUUCAUUUGGCUUUUUCAUUAUUGCUUGCCCACUUCUCCCACUAACUUGCCCUAGCUGGAAGCUGCUCCUGUUGUCCCAGAUCUCUGAGUGUUUCUGUUGUAUUUAAAAGGGACUUUUUUUCCUGUUCUGUGAGUGUGGUGCAGGGAAGGCCAAGGAGUGAAAUGACAUUUUUGUCUGCAAGAAUGUACUCUCUUUGCAGCUAAGGGAAUAAAGUCUUGUUCUGCAGGAGAGCCCUGGGCGUCAGCUGUCUGGAACGGCGCUGUCCAAAGCAGUCACUUCUAACCUAACCCUGCUGCAUAGCCACAUACCAGACCCUAAACUCCACCCUCUGAUCUGUGAGGAACAUUGGAAUGGUUUGGAGACGACUGGUUACUAACCUUUCUCUGUCUCUGAGCCUUAAACACUCGGGGUGACUAAGGUAAGCCGAUUUCACAGGCAGAGAAACUGCUGGUGAGAAUGGCUGUGCUCCACAAUUGCCUUUGCUUGCUUUUUUCCUUCCUCCAAGGAUAAACAAUAGGCUUGCUGGUACCUUUGAAGGUGUUUGGGAUCGUUCAUGAGUGUUCAAAGCCAGAUUGGAUGCGGCCCUGAGCAACCUAAUGUAGUAGGAGAUGUCCCUGCCCAUGGCAGGGGGAUUGGAACUAGAUGGUCUUAAGGUCCCUUUCAACCCAAAGCCUUGUGUGAUGAUUACCAUGAAGUGUAUGUGUCCACAUACCUGCAUGCAAACUUGUGCCUGGAUCCUGCCUAUUGGUUCCUGUUCCCUAAUCACCUUUCUGAAGUGCUAAAGGCUCUAUAUUGUGCUCUCAGGAACAAUGUCAGCCUGUUUGUCACACAGCUGGAGGCAUGAGGCAUAUUUGCUUUUCAGCCCUGUAAGUGUCACAGCCCUGGGUUUUUGGUUUUUUCAUCAGUAGGGAAGGGUCUUGCUGUGCCAAUUCUUGCCUCCCAACUUGGUGCACUUAGUGCAUCUUCCAUCUAACAGCUCUCUCCUUUGGGGUGAGCACUGAGAAAUCCUCAUGCUUCUGGGACAAUCCUGAUGGAGACCUCAUGUACUGAUGUACAGGAAGGAAAUGCACUUCAUGCACUCUAAAUGUGUUCAGAAGUUCAAACCUAGCUGGUGAUUGCACAGUGGGUUCAGAUGAAGGCUGCCUUUGGCUUGCAUCUUUGCUUUUUUGAUAAAGGCUGUUGCUUAUAAUUCCAUUACACACGUCUGGUCUUUCCCUGCACUGCCUUGCCUGCUUGCCAACCAGCUUGCCUCCGAGACUAACCCCAAAUGUGGCAAUUGAUUUAAAUCCCUGGGAAGAGGCACUCUGAUGGAACUGUCUGAGACCUGCUGGGGCUUUGUAGAGCAUGGACAAGUCCGUGGUGAGGAUGUGUUGAGCUUAGAGAGGUUUCCUGUACAAGGACUGUUCUCCUGCUUCCUUUGGAAACUGAAGCUUGACAUUUUGAGAGUGACCCAGCUGAAAACAUGCAUCAGCAAAAAAAAAAAAGAGUAAUUUUUCCUGGUGCAGCUGUUAAGGGAAUUAGCAAAGCUGCAGCACUCAGUUCAGCCUCCAACCCCUGCAUCAGACCUCUUCCCAGCAAACUCAGGCCGAGGUGAUGGCUCCGUUCCUCUGCAGUGCUUUACCACACUGAUGAGAGCCACAGGCCCCAGUGGAGGAGCCCACUGGUCUUUGCUUGAAACCACAACUGUUUGCAUUCAGUCUCUGUCAGUGGCUUGGGUAACCACUCACUGCAUUUAUUCUGCUUUCCAAAGGGAAAACCAAGCAUGACUGGAAAGUGUUGCAACCUCUCCUGGCUCUUACUCCUGCCUUGCUCUCACCUCUUCCAUUUUUAGAGUGCCCACAAGCAACCUGGGUGCUGCUAGCAUCACUUUACUGCUCUGAAAGACCUUCCUUUUUUAUGCUGGCUAGUAGUAAAGAAACAAACUUGGUAUCCUCUGCUUUCCCUCCAACAGCCAUGUGAGAGGACUCUCACUGCUCUGCUUUGUUGCUGCUGCUGGUUUGAAUGCUUUGGUGUGGGCUUUCUGCAUCAAUGUGGUGUGUGUAGGACCUCGUGGGUGGUGAAGCUGUCUCAUCCCUUCUUCCUUGCCUUCCUUCAUUGGUGUGUGUCUGCCGUGGUAGGUUGAUUAAUCAAUUAUGCACAUCCACAUUGGGCAUAAUUUGGAGGAGGUUUGCAUGUCAGUAGUUUGUAAGCAGCUAAGGUGCCUCAUGUUCAGGUCUGAGCAGAUAGGAAUCCCCUUGCACUCAAGAGGACCUGGUCCAAAGCAUGGUGGAGUUGGUAGGAGGACUCCUGCCGACUCCAAGGGGCUUUGGAUCAGGCCUUAAGCUCCCACCUUUGUUGUGCCUCACUUAUAAUGGUGCUUUUUUCAGUUACCUGCCCUUUUUUAAUCAUUGUUUCCCCCCUCCCCCCCCCGAGUUUUGUUUUGUCUUUCCUCCUUUGUAUGGUGCUGUGUAUAACUUGAAUAUAUUAUGCACAUAUCCUACCCAAUGGGUAGAGCAAACAAGCAUACAAAAAAACAAACAGAUGUUGUUAAUACUGUAAGAUAAUGUAUAGGUGAGAACCAAUUUUAAUACACACACACACAGAGGACAAAUUAAAUCAUAAUGGCAUAUACUUUGUGACUGCCAGCCUCUGUGCCCAGUCCUUUUUAUGUAGGAAAACUUGCAAACUGAGUGCAUACAAUUGACAAAAAGUCUAUGGAUUUUUAUUUUCCUAUCAAAUAUCAUAAGGGAUAAAGUAGGAACCAAUCCCUUUUGGCUACCCUGUGUGUAGUGAUUGGCUGUUUGAUGAGUCUUGGCUGUGAAGAUUUAUUCCUUUUGGGUUUUUUUUUUUUGUUUGGUUUGUGUCAUUUUGAGGAAAAUCUAAGGAAAAAAAACCCAACAAAACCCAUAAAACAAAACCUCCACAGCUUUAACCUUGCAAUUAGAUGCUCCUUGUAUUGGUUGUUGCCUCUGUUGCUGAGUUGGACCAGUAUUAGUUUGUUACUUCUUCAGCAGGUACAUUAUUUAUUAUUAUCCUUAAUUACUUUUAUUUUUUAAGUUAGAAAUGGGUUCACACCUUUUGAACCUUUUUAUUCACAAUCCUAGAUUUUGAAGUGAAGCUCAGACAAGUGGGAAUUGACCCAAACCACUCCUGCAAAAUCCAAACUAGGCCAACGAGUUGCAUGACAACAGCCAGCCCUUGCUCAGUGCCCACCACUGGUAGGUGAUGAUGCCACUGCAACCCUGUUCUCAGGCUUGGCGCAUAGUUGGGGCUCACUGGUAACCUGUGCAGAUGCGAGGGUGCAAGCUGCAAGGGGAGACAAGAAAAGCUGUAAAGGGAGACAAGAAAAGCUGUAAAGGGAGACAAGAAGAGCUGCAGGGGGAGGCAAGAAGAACGGCAAGUUGGUAGCGAGCUGAACACAGGGUUUGAGCAUGAGCUUUGAGCUGGCAGCACUGCUGCUGCUGUGUUGGCCUUUGGCAGCAAUGGCUUAACCCAGGUUUGUCUGUAAGAUCGUGGAGAAAUGCCUAAAUCUGUUCUGAGCCAGCGUGGGAAAAUAGUGGGGGAAGUAACUCAAGGCUUUGUGCCAGGCUCCCUGGGCAGUUUGGUUCUCCCGUGGUGUCCUCGGUCGCCGUCCCUGCCACGCAGGCUCUUUGGUAAAGCAAAUACCUCAGGAAAACUCACCAUGAAGUUGUAGUGUAGAGACUUGGCAGAUGCUCUACUUAUUUUUCUAGCUAGCAUUUGUUGUAACUGUCCCAGGAUGGUAGGUGAUAGAGAAGGCUGUUGGCCGAGCCAGGCUCGCCCUCUCCCAGCUGGAUACCGGCUAACCUUUCGCAGGUCCUUGUGUCCCUGUGUAGCUUUUUGUGCUGGCCAGGCUUUAACCGCAGCUGGAAGGCAGCAGCCUCUUGGGAUACGUUUCUGUUUGGUUUUUCAGAUGGCUGGCUAAAAGCUAUGCUAAAAACUCAGGGGGCCUUCUCCGGGGCCCAGUGAAGUCAGUGGUGAGGCUUCCUCUGCCGUGGGUGGGGGUGGUCCUUCAGCCUGGUCACACUGGAGGACAGUGCCUUGGAGCACAAGUCCUUCACGGCUUCUCUCUUGACCUCAAACUUCAGCCACACAUUUUGUCUGUAAAAACCUUUUGACAAGCCCUCACAGGAGUCCUGUACCUGAAUGUUGAUCAUGGUUGGGUUUUCUGUUUUGUUUUAAAGAAGUGGGUAAGUUGUUGUUUUGUUUUUUAUGGCCAGUUCUGCACCAUCAAGCCCUUGCAGGGUGCUUGCAUCCGUCCUUCGUUAUGGAGCUGCUCUGUCAGUAAGUGUAUUCUGUAGGGACGUAUUUUUCACCACUGUCAUUUGUUAACUCAUCUGUUGUUUGUCAGGGCAUGGAGUUAAUUGUGUUGGAAGUAUCUCACCUGGCCACCUUCACAUUUCUGUUUGCACUGCAGCUCCACUUCUGUGCAUGAAGGACAAAAUAAAGGAAACAAAACAACCCCAAACCCAGGCCUUGACUAGGAAGACUCUGUACAGAGCAAACCUCCCGCUGGAGGGAUCUGGAGUAGGAUUUCUCCUAAAGCGGGAUCUAGAGUAGAAUUUCUCCUAACAAAACUUGCAUAUUGAGUGGACCAAACCCGAGCUUGUCUCCUAUUAGAGGCACUAAUUUGCUUUGAAGCAGCAGUGGCAAGAGCAGACUCUCUCUUAGGUGUAUUCACAGCUGCGUUCAUGCUUCUCCCUUCGCCACAAAGCACAGCAGGCAGCCAAGAUGCUUAAAAGAAGCAUAAGCAAAAGUUAUGACAGCCUCAGGCAUCAUAGACCUGGACAGCAGAAAUAACAGCAAACCAUAAUAAUUAAUAAUACUAGUAAUUAAAAGCAUAACUUUAAUACUCUUUAACAAAGCCUUUUCUACUCGUAGUACAAAGACUCCAUAAGGAUCUGUAGGGGUUUUAUCUUUGUACAGCUAUCAGCUGCCCAGGGCUGCCAUGCUCGGAGCAUUUUGCUAUGGCCUGGACACAGUCAGGCUGCUACACUUAAAAUUUAACCCUCAAAUGCCUGGUUUUAGAGCCUUGACCCUUCCUUUGUUGUUUCUUGCCAGUUACUUUACAGUGUAAAAUGCUUUGUGGCUGUAUGGGUUUUACUAUUUUUCACCUUUUUUUUUUUCCUGGUCUCUCCAACAUUGUGACUUUCAAGAUCACUUUAUUUUUUUUCUCUCCUUUCAAUGCUUCUCUUUAUUAUUUUGUCCAUUUUGUUUCAAGCUAUUCCAAAAUAUGUACAGCACUAUCCAACAAUAUUUAGUCUUUCCUUUUUUUUUUUUUUAAGUGUUCUUGUAGAAAACAAACAAACAAACAAACAAAAAAUAAAAAAAAAAAGAAGCUAUUAAAAAACAGUAAAAGUCUUUUUACAGCUGUAUUGGAAUUUCUCAAUAGCUGUUCCUGUGAUGCUAUGACAAACUUGGCUUGCUUUAAUUAUUAUGAUGAUUUUAAUUUUGGUUUAAUUUUACUUUUAACAUAAUUAAUUUGUUGCUUUGUUUUUCCACCCUAACUCCCAGUUAUAUACAGGAAAAAAAAAAAAAACCAACAAAAAAUAAGAUUUCAACUGUUGUGUAUCUGACUCUUUUAAUUGAGCAAAAUGGUGAUGUCCUAGUUUUUAGACCUAAGGUCUGUUUAUUGCAAUACUUUUAAAGGAAGAUGUUGCUCUAAGUGCUGUUGUUAGUUUUAAAUACAGAUUUUAUGCUUGUUCUUUAAUAUGCCGUGGUUAAACCAUGGCACAAAGUUAUUAAAAAUCAUGAAAUGCA